CUUCCUCCUCCACUCCCCCGCCGCUGCUGUGGAGAACCGGAGCCACCGGUGUGGCCUGGCCCUGCCCUCCCGAAGGGCGCAGCUCCCGGGCCCGCCUCCCCAGCUGACCGCGAACUCCCGCGCGGGGUGCUCCUGGGGCGGGAGGGGCGCGCUCAGCAUCGCUCUCCCCGGGACUCCCAAGCGCAAGCGCCCCGGCUCGAGGCCGGGACCCCCUAUUUCCCGGUUAUGGGACGGCCCCUUGAGGGACAGCCUCUACGAGCCCUGGAUUUACACCCCGAGCCUGCCUUCCUCCCCUCUGGGAAGGACCCAAAAUCCAGUCCCGCUUCCUCCCCCUCCUUCGCAGUCCUUGGCCCCGAGGUGCGCAGCACCGGUGGUCAGGCGGGAUCCCGCAGGAGGCCGAGCGCUCCAUGCUCGCAGGACUGGGCGGCAGCUGAGGGAGCCCCCGCCCUCUUGGGAGGGAGCCCGAGCUCAGGGUCUCCUGGGCACCCUCCCGGGAGCGCCUUCGGGGUGGAGGCUGGUCGCCGGGCACUGAAUGUGUCCGAGCACCCCCGGGGCGGUUUUGCACUUGGACUUCCUUUUGGGCUCUCCGGAGGCGCAUAUCUGUUCCUCCUAUUGGAUGGGGCCGGGGACCCCGAACCCACUCCGGAAGCACCGAUUUCCAGAGCUGACGGCCGCGCCUGGUUUCCCAGAGAGUCCUCUUGGCAGCUCCCGCAGCUCCCCACCGGGAGCACGAGUGGGAGCGAACCCAGAGCCCCCCCAGGCCUCGGGCCUCGGCAACUCCCCACAGGUCCACGAGAUGGCGCUGCAGGCCAGGGCCCGGGCCGCGGCCUCACAGCCUGCCUCGGGCGAGAGCGGGAGACAGACGGCGGACCCCGGCAAGCGGGGCACGGAGGCACAGCCACCGACACAGGCAGAGCCGGGUCCGGAGCCCGGCACAGCCCGCCGAGAGACCGAGGGACUCCGGGGCUGCGGACACACUGAGCGGAGGGCUUGAGGCUCGGGGUGGGGCCUUCUCCCCUGCUGCCGGAACCGCCCGGCAGCGCCAGCUCGGCGACCUUCCAGGCUGCUGCAGACCCCAACCUGUCCUCUUCUGUGCGCCCGCGCGGCUGGGCCCUCGCGUUCUCUCUGCGGGAAGUGAGCCGCCAGACUCCGGCCUCCUGGGCCCCUCCGAAGGGGGCUGUGGCUGGGAUCCGAAGCGCGCGGGGCGCACGGCCCUAGGAGCGCGGGGCCCACUCGACGGUGAGGGCUUAGGGGCGGGAUGGGGAAGGAUCGGCGGGGAUCCAGCGCUCCUCCAGCGGAGAGGGCCCCCUCGGCUCCGACCCGCCCUCCUCACCACCUUCACCCGGCUGUUCAGGGCGGGGUCUUCAGGGUUGCGGGCAGGAUGUGCCCUGUGGAGCUGCUCACCUAAGUUCCUGCCUCCGUAGGGGAGGCUUUGGGCUGCGUUAUUCCAGCGGGAGGUGGUGGGGACUGGGGAGGGCCCAGGGGUCAGCCUGAGAAUCUCGCCCUUGGAUUAAAAGCCACCAAUGCUC